GUUCAACAGGACCACAAAAAACAGCUUAAACAGCCAGGAAAAGGAAGAGCCCUCACUUUUAACCCUCUACUAGAGUUCUCGAAUCCUAAGGUAUUUGCAAAGUGUCAGCUGCCUGGAAAUUUUCACCUGAUUGAUUUCUGCAUCCACCAUGACUGAGAUCACAGCUGAAGGAAAUGCAUCUACGACCACAACUGUGAUAGACAACAAAAAUGGAUCUGUGCCCAAGUCCCCUGGAAAGGUGUUGAAGAGGACUGUCACCGAAGACAUUGUAACAACGUUCAGUUCCCCUGCAGCCUGGCUUCUGGUCAUCGCUCUGAUAAUCACAUGGUCAGCUGUUGCUAUAGUUAUGUUUGACUUAGUGGAUUACAAGAACUUUUCAGCAAGCUCCAUUGCCAAGAUUGGCUCAGAUCCUCUAAAACUAGUGAAUGAUGCUGUGGAAGAAACCACUGACUGGAUCUAUGGCUUCUUUUCUUUGCUGUCUGACAUCAUCUCAUCUGAUGGCGAUGAAGAAGAUGAGGAUGCAGAUGAGGAUAUAGAUAAAGGAGAAAUUGAAGAACCUCCCUUGAAAAGAAAAGAAAUACACAAAGAAAAGGCUGAAAAGCAGGAGAAAUCUGAGAAGAAAAUACAAACUAAAGUUUCACACAGAGAAAAGGAAAGAGGAAAAGAAAAAAUAAAAGAAGGAGAAAAACCUGAGAAGAAAGCAACUCACAAGGAGAAACUUGAGAAAAAAGAAAAAACAGAGACAAAGGCAAUGGCAAAAGAAGACAAGAAAGUUAAAACUAAGGAGAAGACUGAAGAAAAGGCUAAGAAGGAAAUGAAAGUUGGGAAACAGGAGAAAGUGAAACCAACAGCUGCAAAAGCAAAAGAAACUCAGAGACCAGCACCAAAAGCCAGAGAGAGAGAUGAGAAAGAGACUGUACCUGUGCCCAAGCAUGAACAGAAAGAUCAGUAUGCGUUCUGUCGAUAUAUGAUUGACAUGUUUGUCCAUGGGGAUUUAAAACCAGGACAAAGCCCAGCCUUUCCACCACCAUCAGUGACAGCACCAGCUUUCCGACCUGCUCUGUCACCACCGGCCCUUGAAGAAAAAGAAAAAGAAGAGGAAAAGAAGAAAGCCGAGAAGAAAGUUACUUCUGAAACAAAAAAGAAAGCAGAAAAAGAAGAAGGCAAAAAGAAGAGUGAGAGGGAAACUGCCUCUGAUGUGAAAAGCAAAGAACCAGGCAAAUCUCCUGAAACCAAACAAACGACUGCAAAAGUCACCACACAAGCCUCAGCUAGAAAGGAUGAGAAGAAAGAAGAUUCCAAGAAAACGAAAAAAACUACAGAAGAACAGGAAAAGAAAGAACAGCACACAGAACCAGCAAAGUCACCAAAAAAGGAACAUCCAGCUCCAAGUGAAAAACAUGGAAAAGCAACUGUGCACGGAAAGAAAGAAGAAAAAGCCAAGACAGUGGAGCAAGAAGUGAAAAAGGAAAAACCUGGAAAGAGUACUUCGGAUUUGAAAGACAAAGUACCUGAAACCAAAAAAGCUGAGAAGAUCUCCAAAGCAGGCAAAGAUGUACAGCCUAAACCACCACAGCCACAUGUGAAAAAAGAAGAGAAGUCAGAGCCACAAAUUAAGAAGGAAGCAAAAUCAGCAUCAUCUGAGAAGCCCCAAAUACGCAAGCAGGAUGUCACCAAACUGGAGCAAGCUGCUCCCCAUGGUAAACCAGAACAAAAAGUUAUCAAGCAGGUAAAAACUGUUACAGCAGAAAAGACAGAAAAAGCUGAACAUCAAGAGAAAGAGCGCCAGUCUAUAAAAACAGAUAAGCUCAAGCCAUCUUCAAAGGAAACAUCAGAAGUCGUAGACUCAGGAAAGAAAAAAUUUGAAAAAUCUGAAAAGGAAAGUAAAGGUAAACAUAACAAAUUUAUGCAUUUAUGUCUCAUGAGCAAUAAGAAACAAUAA